CAGUGCUGUGUGGAUGGAGAAGCAGUGAUACCAAAAUAUCUGGCUAGCUAGCUACAUAGCAACUAUUAGCUGCCUCUCAAGUCACAUAGCUAGCAACACUGUUAAGACUUUCUAGAAAAUAUAAGUACAGUACUUUUUUCAGUCAGGUGUUGAACAAGAAGUUAACUUUGGAGUAAUGAACUGUAGCUCAAGAUCGAAAACAAGGCCCGGACAGUAGAGAACAUUUCUUUAUGGAGCAGAAAGGUAGCCCACCCGCUCGAGCCAUGCCCAGCAGUUAAGGCCCCGCCCACUCCACGUCCCCACGCACGGCUGCCAUUGGCUCUGGGAGGAAUGCUGCUCUGUUGGCGGAGCCAGCGCACACUGCAAGGGCUGGGCACGCGGGAGCGCGGCUGCUGAGAGACGAGAGAGGGCCCUCUCGCGCGGGACGCCCCCGCCAUGGACGACUUCACCACCCGCACGUAUGGGACUAGCGGGCUGGACAACCGGCCCCUGUUCGGGGAGACGUCCGCCAGGGAUCGAAUCAUCAACUUAGUUGUUGGCGGCCUCACGUCUUUACUAGUUAUAGUAACCAUUAUUAGUUCUUUUGUCUUUCCUUCGUUACCACCAAAACCUUUGAAUAUCUUCUUUGCCAUCUGCAUCAUCUUGAUUUGUGCCGCAGUGAUGGUACUUAUUUUCUGGUAUCGACAAGGAGACUUGGAGCCUAAAUUCCGAAACCUGAUAUAUUACAUCUUAGGUUCCAUCGUCAUGCUGUGCAUAUGUGCCAACCUGUAUUUUCACGAUGUGGGGAGAUGAAUUAAAGUUUGCCUUAUCGAAAGGUCGAGGAAAGGAGAAGUUGUUCUUUUUGAACAUAACGUACCUUAAGCUCAAAGAAUGUUAUGGUCAGGUGCAUUUAAGUCUUACUCAUUAAAUGACCAUUUAAGCACAUAAAGAUUAUUAGGAGACAUUCUUUAAGCAUGACGUUACACAAGGUGUUUGGCAUACAGGGAUGUAAAGAAGCCAUUUCUCUGGCUUGUUAUUCUGGCUUGUAGGAGGAAAAAAAAACAACUGACAGUCUAUCUUGGAUUUGAUCAGUGAAGCAUGUGAUCUCAGCCGUCAAGACAGGACAACCAGUAUGUCUCAUCCGUAACAUUUAGGGAUAAGAGCUGUUGCCUUGUAGAACAGUGUUGGCAAACAAACUAAUGAAUGUGAUCCAUGCCUGUAUAAUCUCUCCUCGUAUAUAUGCACAGUAAUUGUAGCUUUGCAAGAAUAAUCAACCAAUGGAACACUGAUUAGCACUGUUAAUUUUUCAGUUAAAAUAUGCAAGACAGACAUGAAAUCACAACUCUGGGAAAAGCUGUGGCCACAAAGCUUCAGCUUGUUUAUAUUUGUUUAUAAAAUGUACAUAAAAGUACAAAGUGUACAUUCCAAACUUGCAGUUUUUUUUUCC